AUGGAAAUCAGUUCGAAUGAACACAAAAUAGCUGUUACUCUGAGUACUAUUGCCAGGAGAACCAUUCACAUAGAUAAACUAAGUCACCCAGAGGGCAACGAAGGAACUGAAGAAUAUAUACAGCUCAUGAAGAAGCUCACUGUAGGAACUCUUAUUAAAGAAGACCAAAGCUUCUUCUCAUAUACGCCAGGAACAAUACAGGGCGGGGAGGCAUCUUUCCAGUGCACCCACAAUACUGUAGCAGAUGUCCUUAUUAGUCUGCUGCCACUUGCUUUAUUCUGCAGAAUCCCAUUGCGUCUUACCCUCAAAGGCACCACAAACAAGAAAGAGACUACGUCUGUUGACAUGGUCCGGGCUGUGUACUGCAAAUUACUUGGGCAGUUUGGGGUAAUUGCAGAGGUUAAAAUUAACAAAAGAGCAAUAUUCCCGUCUAAUGAUGGGGAGGUUCUUCUUAUGGCAGAGACUGCAUCUUCUUUGUCUCCUGUUAUUUUGGACCAAAGGGAAGAUCUAAGACGCAUAAUAGGAAUAAAUUACUCUGCAAAAAUAAACAGUGACACUGUGCAUGCUGUAAGCAAUGUAGCCAGAAGCCAUCUAAGCCAAGUAUGCUCCUCAGUGAAAAUAUACAAUGACAUAGGGAACAGCAAGACAACAGGAGGAACACCAGGCCAUGGGUGCUUAUUGCUUGCCUUUGGUCACAGUUCCAUAUACGGAGUAGAAUACACUGUAGAUGGAACAGACUCUGUACUAGACAGAUCUGCAGAAGAAAGGAUGGAUGGAUUAGUCCAGCAAUUCUACAAGAAUAUUAGGACAAGUGGAUCCUACAGUCACACUGUGCAGUAUUUCGUGUUUAUUCUGCUGUCUCUUACUACAGUAGAUGGAAGUUCCAUUAUUAUUAGGAGAAUCUCAAAGAAAGACAAGGAGAUUUUGCUCCUUCUAGAGAGGAUAUUAAAAUACACAUACACUGUAGAGCCAUACAUGAAGACAGAAAAAGAUAUUAAUGCUGGAGUACCUGAUAAUCUGCUAGUUAUCAAAUCAUGUGGUGUAGGGUACACAAAUAUUCAUAAGCCACUGCAGUAA